AUGCUCUUUAAGACAAAUUACCGCAUCUGGGUGAUGAAUAUGGAAGUGUAUCUUGAAUCUCGAGAUCUGUGGCAGGUGAUAGUUGAAGAGAAUGUACCCAAGAAGAAAGAUCGACUCGCAUUGUCGACAAUCUUUAGUGUAAUUUUUGAGGAGACGAUGACUGUCCUUGAUGCAAAGAAGACAAUAAAGGAGAAUUGGGAGAUUCUCCAGUCUCAGAAUCUUGGCGUGGAUAGAGUGAUUCAAUCAUGGAUCCAAGGCUUGAAAUGUGGGUACGAAAUUCUCACAAUGGACAAAUGA